AUGAACAGUUACUCUUACAACACGCCUCCCGGCCAUCCGGGAGCAUACUACCAAACUUUCAGCGCGACGCCGUCGCCUGCUGGAUCCCCCGCUGGAGGAACCCAUGGAUACUACGCGCGCCCUGGUCCCUCGCCCCGACAGCAUUCUCGACACACUUCUUCCGGAGAUGCAUAUGGAUACUCGUCUCCCCGUGGAACGACGUUUUCUCCAAGAUAUAACUCCAGCGGAUACUACGCGACUGCUGCCAAUGUGAGUCGAAACAAAAGUUCGUAUACGGCUCCGCGCCAUGAGAGGCGAAGUUCAUACUCCUAUCAUCGAGCCUCUCAUGGGGAUUCCGACGAGGACGAAUUUGAAUAUGUAGACUUUGUUGUGGAUGGCGUGGUCUACCGCCAGUACAGUCGGCGGCCGAACAAGUCAACUUUUAACUAUCGUGGGCGAGGCACUGAUAAGUACUAUUCUCAGACUCAAGGACACGCCUAUGACAGAGAUGACUUUGAGGGUUCACCGGUGUAUGAACAACCACAGCCCAGCAGUCGGAGACGACGACAAUCUUCCUCAACGCCACAACGACCUUCAGCGCGUCCGACUUCCUCAACACCAAAGAAGCCUCCUCCUGUAGCAAAGGCUACCGAAGCCGACGCGCGCAAGCAUCGCAUUCCUCCCGGAUACUCACUCAAGAACUGGGACCCUUCAGAAGAGCCCAUCAUGCUCCUGGGAAGUGUUUUCGAUGCUAACAGUCUCGGAAAGUGGAUUUACGACUGGACAGUCUACCACCAUGGGCCCGCGACACCCAUCGCCGACAUGGCUGGUGAGCUCUGGCUCCUACUGAUUCAGCUCGCCGGCAAGGUCAAGCGCGCAGAAGAAUGCAUGGGGCGCAUCCGCACGAAGGAGAACAAGGAGAUGGUCGACGACUUCAUCGAGUCUGGGGAGCGUCUUACCGACAAACUAAAGAAGCUUCUCAAGUCCUGCGAGACUCCCAUGCUGAAGGCGGGGAAGAAGCAUGGCAAGGAUUCAGCUCAGCUUGGCAAGAAUGCUGGAACCGAGUUCGUUGAUUCCAUCUUCGGACGCGACCGUCAGCUCGAGUCGACCGAGAAGUUCAUGUCUUCCAUCCGUCUGUGGAAUCUCCGCUUCGACGCCAACUGCGAGGAUAUUCUUCGCCGACCAGGACAAUAG